AAAGCGGCCUGCAACUACGCUGUACCUGUACUGUAGUCGGUUGUCUUUUUCAUCCAAUCGUACUUCGGUUUUAUUCACGACGUGCGACUUUUUUCCGCGACGGUAAGAGGCAGUCAAGUAACUUGAUUUUUGUAAGUCAAUCGCAACGUUCCGCCCCACGAGGUUGUCUCCGUCACAUCGAUUUUACCAGUGCAGAGCGGUGUGGAAGCUAUGGCGCAGUUGCACGACGACGACGUCGAAUGGCUCGAUAGCGAGCUGGAAGACAGCCCGAGGUCCAACGACGACAUCAGCAGCAUGUUCAGCAGUAGCCCCAAUGCUAAGGCCGGCGGUAGCGUGCGCUGGCCCCAAGAUAACCAGCCGAUGCAGCGCCCCGCCGCCGUGUCGUACGCCGGAUCUGAAGCCGUUGAGGACGUCGAAGGUGACAUGACCUCAUUUUACGGUCAGCAGUUUGCGCCAAAACCCGAGGCUUCCAACUACCGUCUUCCAGCUAAAUCCGUGGGCCAGCAGCGCUUCCAGGACAUGCCCAUCUGCCUUGUGGCCGACAACGGCGUGGCCGCGAAGCGUAUUCUCAUUCGUCGUAUCCACCAGGAAUCCAUGACGCAGCUAGCCAUGAGCUGUCAAGCCGUGUUGGUGCGCGGUGCCUCGGGCAACUACUACGUUUACCACCUGGAGAUCACCAGCGACUACUACAAACAGAAGUGGGUUGUGUGCAAGCGCUACUCCGAAUUCUAUCGCCUGCGCAAGAGGCUCCUCGCGCGUCUCGCGGCACACAAGAAACAACGUGGGUGCUCCGUGUGUGGCGCGGUGCGCGACCAGCUCAAAGACGUCGGUUUUCCACGUCGAGUCGUCAUGUUUAAAGACCCCUCGUCGCUCGUGGGCAAACGAACCGCCGGACUCGAAGAGUUCAUCGUUGCUCUCUGUGAGUACCUCGCUGCCGAACAGGAGGUGGAAGUGUGCAAUGAGAUCGCAGCCACGCGUUUUUUGGCUAAGGAGUUUCUGCAGUUUCCUCUCGAGCACGAGAAUCAGCACGUCCGCUCUAUCCGCCAGCUCAAGUAUGUUGACCCACGCGAUGUUGAAGUGGAUUCGGAUUCGUGCCCUAUCUGUCUAUGCGAAUGGGCUGAGCUGGACGGUAACCAGCUCGUGCUCUCACCAUGUGGACACUUUUUCCACGAGCACUGCAUCAACGAGUGGUACCGGACCCGCUUCGAUUGCCCAAUUUGCCGUACGAUCUCGGGCGCAGAAGAGAGCAACAACUGCAAUUACUAGUGAAGUAUCCAAUGGGACAUCUUAAACUUUGGGAAGGCGAGGCGAAGCGAGGCGAGGCAACCACAAAUAUAUAGUUAUGCUUGAAGUGA